CUCACACAGUUUGGAUUUUGCUUUGAGCAGCUUGGUCUUUGUUGAAGACCGUGGUACCAUGCAUAGUUAGUGGAUUUGUAAAGUGUUGAAGUGAUAGUUACUGAGUAAUGAGACUGAGCUUUCAAACUUACUAGUCCACAAUGUAAAUCAUUUCCUAGCUGAGCAUGUCGACUGUGUCAGGUGACACAGCAGAUGCAUUUCUCCCUGUGCUGCUUAAGGGAUCUGGUCAUGACUGAGUGAACUGCAUUAACAAAGGAAUAUAUGGCCAUAUUGAGAGUAACGAUGCAGGCAAAAGCAUGGUGCUGCCUAAAGUAAAACAACGGUGUGACAUACUACUUUUUAACUGUAUAGUACUUACAUUAUGAAAACAAGAUACUAAUUAAUGCAUAUUUAUUAAAAACAAUUUGCACAUUGCCUUAUGGAAGGAAUGAGAAGGAAUCUGUGGAUGAAAAUUUGUUUCUCGGAAACACGGCAACCUGAGCAUUGUGACAUAUAAUCUCGCAUCAUCCACAUUUUGCAUGCCUGGCUCCUUGCAUGGAGUCACAUAACCCUGAGUGAAGUGUGAUCCAGUGAGCUGGGCUACAUGAGUUCAGGAGGGGAGGCAUGUGCCUGCUGCCUCUAGCGCUCAUCUGACUUAUUCACGAGUUGUCUCAGCUUGCUAAAAUGGCACACCAAAAACCAGAAGUUUGCAGUAGGAUGCCAUCGAUGAGCUUGAAACUGCUUCUAAGCAAGGGUGAAGGAGAAGCACCCACAGGAGGAAAGGCAGGUAUCCAAGGGUAAUGCUUGUAACAACUAGUAUGUAGUAUGUGCGUUAUGUUAUUCCUCUCCUUGAUUCCCUUCCUGCGCGCUUACUCAGGGAGCCCCUCUCUGAGGUGUAUGGUGGAUAAGCAGCUGCAGCAAAGCAGGAGGCACAGGGAGCCUUGGGCCCCAGGGGAGUUCGUUGCAGCAUCCCAAUCCAUUGCCCCCCGUUCAUGCUUCAGUCCUUUUAUUUUCACUAGGAGUGGUCACACAAAAGAUCAGCGGCACAGUUCCUCACUGCAUCGCAGCCACCAGCUCUCUUUCUAUGGAAGUUAAACUGUCAUGAAUUGUUUUCCUUUUAUGGUUUUUUUUUUUCAGGAAUAAGUAUGGAUUUCAUGUAGUUCUGCAUUUUCUUGCUACAGAGAAUUUUAUGUAACAAUGCAAAGUAUUUUCUCAACGUGGUUCUUCAGGAAAAUCUACAGCUGUUAGAUUUAGUAACCCACUUUUUCCCUCCACUCGCGCCUUUCAUCCGGUUUUUUUCUUCUCCACAGAGUAUACAUUUGAGGUUUAUGUUCCUCUGGUUUCAAUCUUGGCAUCUUUCAAAAUUUGCAGUCUGCCACCUGUUCCUGAGCCCCUCCUUACAUUUGUAUGAGUUUCCCAUUCAAGAGGAUUUUCCAGUAUUUCUCUACCUUUUUUCCCCCCUAAGUGAAAAUUCAGUGUAGGCAAUUAAAAAAAAAAGAAGUCUUUGAAAGGGAAGUAGUAAAUGUUCUUGAGUGUAAUGUUUCAAAGGUACUCUGUACCUAACUGAAGAAAAUGGGUCUUGCUGGUAGGUGGAGAUUAUUUUUAUAAAAGUUGACUUACUUUAUGUCCUAGGUUAUUGAAGGACAUGGUUGCAAGCAGCCAGGCUGAUUUAGGGCUGUUAAUUGUUACAGUACUUAGUUUUUGUGUUAGUAACAGAGAGGUUGUGUUAUUCCAACUGCUUUCAAAUUUGGGAAAUUAAUGUUUUGCUGAAAAUAACAUUUACAGUUUCCUUAUUGCUCUAAAUUUUAAGCAACACUACAUAGAACUGUCCAUGCAUCAGUUAUCCAGUAGUUGCACAAUGGUACGAUGUGAAGUGUGUUUUGAUUUCAAUUUGCAAAGCAAUCAGACAGUGUGUUGGUUUGCGCGUCAGUUUACAGUUUUCACAUACUUGCUGUUCUAGAACUGCAUCUGUAUUAGUAAAAAAGUAAGAACAGGAUUGUUAAAGAAGAGAUAGCUAUUUGUAGAUGUAAGCUUCACUGCUAAUGCCCUUAAAGUCAUGACUUGUGAGUGGAUACCCUGUCUGAUCUAGAGAUCCGCUCUUGCUCAGAACAGCAGAGGGUUUUUCCAGCAUUGAUUGUGACUCCGGAUGCUCGGGGAGAUGGAAUCAGCUGCACAGUCAUUGAAAGCUGCCUUUGCACGCCUGUGUGAGCAGUUCAUUCACUGUGCCCAUGGGGACACAUGCUGGUCAUACAGAACAGGGCUGCAUCACAAAAACACUCUGCAGAAUUCCACCAGCCUGAAGACGGGGUGCUCCAAGGCUGAUACAUAGGCUUGUUCUGAGACAAGCUAAAAAAACUCAGUUGAAAAUGGCUAAAAUUUAGUGACACAGCAGUGUGAAGUUGGUUUGAAUAUUCAUAAAGCAGAUUUAUGUACCUCCAGAUGUUCAGUAUCAUCAGUGCAUGUCUCACUUCCUACUCCCUUCGAGAGUACUGAUAAUGCCACAAAAAUUGACAGACAAACAAGGCCAGCAGAAACCUACAAAACAAAAGGUAAGUAUGUCGAAUUUGUGGGAUAAAUCUGUGUGUUUGGGGACAUCUACGGCACCUCGUCACUCUCUGUGCCGCAGGGACUCUGUUUUAGAUGGUGGUGAUUGGGCAUUUCGUGGAAGGCGUGUCUCUGCACUAAGGUCUGUGGAUGGCAGCUUGGCAAUUAACAUCAAUGCUUUGCCACAGCAACUCUUACAAACUGCUAGUUUAGCAGUACCUUUUAAUGCAUUACGGUUUAGACUUCACAUUUGAUAUUUCUAAUGAUAAAUGCAGGUCAUUAUUUAAAGGAGUAUAUUCAAAUAGGAUAUAAAGCAAGAGCGGGGCUUGGCCUUCCUGUUUUGGUUGGACACAGGGUUUCAGAAGAUGCUGAACAGACUUGCAGCAGAUGUGUAUUUGGAACCUCCAGCAUUACCCAACAGACUAGUAACGUAUCAGUGCAAACCACAAAGACGAAAAACCAGUGUUACCACUUCCUGUCAUCCUCUGUGCAGAAACCUGCUCUUUGUGUUUUAAAAUUGUUUGUCCUGUUACUUCAAAGAAUUAUUGGUCUGUCUCCAGUCAUGUGUGACAUUGUUCUCCUUGAGAGGAAGCCAAAAAGCUGUGAAAAGAACCCGAUCUUGUUUGAAUUAAGACUGUUUCUGCUGUGCUGAACCUUUCAGUCCUCACACACCCAAUAUUCAGAAUGCUUGUGGACAUUUUAAACGAAGACUUUGAGCAUGCAUUGUUCCCAUACAUUUGGGAUAUUGAAAAUCUGAAAUUUCAUUUUCUUAUCUUUUGGGAUUUUUGUGGGUUUUUUUUCCAUGGUUUGUUUUUUAUUUUAACUGCUUUGGAAUAUAAUAUCUAAAAAGGUAAAGAUUAGUUUUCGAUAGCUUUGACUGAAUAAGAGCUUGAAAGGACUUAAUGCUUGGCUUUAAGUUAAUUGGUAUUUUGAGUAAAAGACAGAAUCUACAUGUUCCUUAGUGUAUUUAAGCUUCUCUUUGUCUAAUGCUCAGGCAUCUCAAUUCUUCUCACCAAAUUAUUUUUCCUAUUUACCGGCCUUGGGCCCAAGGCAAUCAUAUUUACAGUGUCAUUGAAAAUUAUAAGACUCUGACGAUCAAAGAAAUCAUCUGACAUAUGAGACAAUAGAACUGAUCAAGCAUGAAAGACAGACAAUAAGUAUCUGCUUGGAGAUAGACCAUCUUGUGAAGUAGAGCCAAAGAUGACAGAUUAUGUUUCCCUCCUUGAACAGAUGAGAGACCUUACUUUGGAAAAAGCUACCUACAAGUCAGAAAACGUAACAGCAGCCAGAUUUGUUGUCUUCCCCAGCAAGGCUACGUCAGGACAACCAAAGUCUUCCCAUGUGGAUACAUUUUCUCAGUCUCAACUUACUGUUCAAGAGAGGGAUCAUCUGGGAUCUAGCAGAGUCUUCAAGCAGAAAGUCAGUCACGGUGCCCUUUCCCUCCCACAUCUGGAAGGUCAAGCAAAGCAUGGUUUGGUUGCAGACACUGCAAACCCUCCCCCCCUUGAAAGCAGCCUGCCUCAGAUAACAAAUAAGAGCUUGCAGAAUGUCCUCCCCUCUCUUCAGGAAAACAGAAGUCAAGGCAAUUUUUCCCAAUUUAACCUUCUGGACAGUCUUCCUGAAAGUGAUACCAGAGCCCAGACAAAACCUUCAGAACUAGAAAGCACCAGCAUCAGUGUCAAACUGCCUAUGACAGCUUCAGAAGCCUUGAAAAAUUUUAGAAACCAGUUAACAGUCUAUGAGCAAAAAGAAAUUUUCAAUUAUACAGAGCUAUGGUUUCUUGGGCUGGAAGCUAAAAAGAUUGAAGGUUUGCCUGAAACCCAGAAUAAUAAUUGUUACGAUGAUGAGCAUGGUUCCUACUUAAAGGUUUUGCAUGACCAUAUUGCAUACCGAUAUGAAGUGUUGGAGGUGAUUGGGAAAGGGUCAUUUGGGCAGGUGGCUAAAUGCUUGGAUCAUAAAACCAAUGAAUUAGUGGCAUUGAAAAUAAUAAGGAAUAAGAAAAGAUUUCACAGCCAGGCUUUGGUAGAAGUGAAGAUUCUUGAUGCUCUCCUGAAGAAGGACAAAGAUGAUACUCACAAUAUCAUCCAUAUGAAGGAAUACUUCUACUUUCGCAAUCACUUCUGUAUUUCCUUUGAACUUCUGGGAAUAAAUUUGUAUGAGUUGAUCAAAAAGAACAAUUUCCAAGGUUUCAGUUUGUCUUUAAUUCGACACUUCACUCAGUGUGUGCUGAGAUGUUUACAAGUGCUCUACCAGGAAAGAAUCAUUCACUGUGAUCUGAAGCCUGAGAACAUUUUAUUAUACCACAAAGGCCAAGGUUCGGUUAAAGUUAUUGAUUUUGGAUCAAGCUGCUACGAACACCAAAGAGUGUACACCUAUGUUCAGAGCCGGUUUUAUCGCUCGCCUGAAGUGAUCCUUGGUCAUCCUUAUGCUAUGGCUGUUGAUAUGUGGAGCUUAGGCUGUAUCAUGGCUGAGCUUUACACAGGCUACCCACUGUUUCCAGGGGAAAAUGAAGUUGACCAACUUGCCUGCAUCAUGGAGGUAUUGGGUCUUCCACCAGCUGAUUUCAUCCAGGCUGCAUCAAGAAAGCGAACGUUCUUUGAUUCCAAAGGUUUUCCUAAAUCCAUAACAAACAGCAAGGGAAAAAAGAGAUGCCCAGAUUCCAAGGAUCUAAGCACAGUGCUGAAAACCCAUGAUGCUGGUUUCUUGGACUUUCUGAAAGGAUGUCUAAUGUGGGAUCCUGCCCUGCGCAUGACUCCUGAUGAAGCAAUGAAGCACACAUGGAUCCAGGAACCAAAAAUAUACAGAGCAAAACAGAAAACACAGGCUUCAGGGAAGAUGAGUGACGGCUCUUUCUAUGCUCCAGAAAAGAAAAAAGAGAAUAUUCAAAAUAUCUGGAAAGAUACGGCUGACAAAGUGAAAAGUAAACUGGCUGAAAGACUGACUCCCACUGUGCCCUCCACAGGCACAAAAGAAAAUGAUGUGCAGAACACAAGGAAACUUGUUAUUCCAGAGAAACAUUUGGAGACCCAAAUGGAAAAGCCUAUAAAAAAUGAUCAAGCAGAACACAAUGGUGACACAGCUCUUCCAAAAAAUUCUCUUUUCUUCCCACCAAUUAAGUAAUACACAGCACAAGCAAUGAUUGGUUCAGUUGCAUACCUGAUAUAUUUUGUAGGCAUUAUUUGUACUCAGGAAUAUAAGCUGCAUCUGUCUGUACACGGGCUGUGCACACUGUAAGUAUAUUUAAUGUUCAUUUUAUCCUGAAAUAGUCCAGGCAACCAAAACAGAAUUUGAAAACCAUUCCUUUUGCUCAUCUACAUCUUUGUUGUGAUCAGAGAUCCUUCACAACCAGCAGCAAUAAAAUGGAGACUGUAGAGGUAGAGUGGCUUAUGUUUGAUGUUACAACAGACUUGAUUUUCAGAUUUUUCGUGGAGCUGAAAGAACAAAUCCAUUGAUUGAAGAAUCUGAAUCCUUCCACUUACAUCAGCGUAAAUCAGGAAUAAUUAAGGGAUAGGAUUACUGGAUUUACUUCUGUGUUAAAAAAAAAAAGAAAAAUUAAACCCAGCACCUUCACUUCCCUCCUUCUCUAUCUCCCACUUUUUUUAUAGUGAAGCACUAGAUGGAAGUCAUUGUCACACCUUCUUAGCAGAUUUAGAAAUGUAAAUUAUGUUCUUUAGCUCUUUAGCAGCAACAGAGUGGUAUUCUGGGCCCGCUUCUGCAGAGACUCCACUUAGUAUUCAUAUUAACAGGAAGGAUGGAUUAAAGCAAGCUGUUUUGAUUCAGGGAAAUUGUCCUCACAGGAAUUUUAACUUAAUACUCUGAAAAAAACAGAUUUCUAUUAUCCCUAUGAUUUCUAUGUUUAAUUAAUUUAAACAUUUAGCUCUUGGACUAUCUUUUCAUUGCAUUGGUAAAGCACCCACCUCAUUAUGACUCUUACACUUUACUGCGGCUUAUAGGUAGUACUGCAAUUUAAAAGAAAACAAUGAGGAAAAUUGUCCUACAAAAUCCAGCUGCUACUGUAGCAGUGAUAUUGGAGUAGUCUCAAGACAAAUAGGUGUUGGUAGGUGUUAAGAGCCACCAUAACAGCAAACUCCUGCAGGCUCUUUGUGCAAAAGGAAAACCCAAAUGAUAUGAAAAUGGUCCUAACAUGGUUCUAAUAUAACAGUGAGUAAACAAGGCAUCUGACAGGGCACAGAGUGACUGCACAACAAAAGGCCUAUAGCAGGUGUGCUUUCCUGCUGAGUAGAAAGUUAACGGUAGUGGUCAUCUAGGAGAAAAUGGACUGCACAAUGCAGCAUGACCGUUCUGUUGGCUUCAGGCAAACCCUGGGACUCGUGAAGAAACACCUGGAAAAUGAGUAACUCAUGCAGGGCAAUAGCCCAUUAUUAAGUGUAAUUGAGCAGUGAAUUACAAGGAGUUUUUGGCAGACAAAUAUCAUCCUGCUGAGAUGCAGACAUUACUGACAAGCAGCCCAGCUGGCAGUACCAGAAGUGUCUGUAUCUCUGGCUUCAGAGAUACUCCUUUGCAGCUAAACUCUCCUGGAGACUAGAAAAUGCUCCCAUUCAUUACCAGAGUGAUGUACUGGGAAAAGUGAGUUCUGUUAUGCACCACGUUUUGGUGAUUGCACAGAAUACCCAGGGAGGGUAAGCAUCUUGUAGAAUGCAGGCAGGGCCCUUACCACAUUUCAGCUCCCUGGUGGGAGUUGAAUGAAGCAGUUAGGCUCGUCAUCAGUUUUAGGGAAUAUUCAGAUGGGUUUUUGCAGAUACUUGGAAAAUAUUUUGGCUGUUUGUUUGCAAGUAACACAGAAGGUAAGAAGCAAAGGGUUUAUGUUUAAGUGCAAGGAUUCAGUGUAGACCAAGAGCCCCAAGAGUACUUAUCCUGAUAACACUUAAUGUAAAAGGUCAGAUCCUUAUAACCU